AGAAGAAGCAGUGCAGCUAUAUAUUGCACUGUUUAAUCGGUUGCGGGGAAGCUCCAGGGCAGCCCCGAGCCAUUGAGGUCCGUUUUAACUACAGGAAACUCCAAAGGACGAGGCACAUGUUACAAGCCUCGCCGAAUACAUCAUUUAAUAUCUCAACUUCUUACUGACUCCCUACAUCUCCAGUUCCCAUCAUGACCUCCGCACAGCCCCCUCAAGACGGCAACGGCGAGGGCGUGGUCAACCUCUUCGCCGGCACCGAAGGAAUCUACAACCUGCCGCACCACGCCAAAGAGAUCGAGCGACUACGGAACCAGCACGCCUUCCUCCUCUCGGCAACUGGCGGUGCCAUGCUGCUGGCACCUAUCAAGCAGCGAAGCGUCAAGGUGCUCGACUGUGGUGCGGCUGACGGAACAUGGCUGCUGGACCUGGCGCGGCGCCACCCGCAGCACGACUGGUCGCUGCACGGCGUGGACAUCGGCGGCGCGCUCUUCCCGCCCAAGACGGGCCCGCACGCGGCGCUCGACCUGCGCGAGUUCGACAUCCGGUCCGCCGCGCCGCCCGACCCGUCGUGGACGGGCAGCUUCGACCUCGUGCACCAGCGGCUCCUGAUCUGGGGCCUGCAGGCCCCCGACUGGCCGGUCGUGGUGCGCAACCACGCGGCCCUGCUCAAGCCCGGCGGCUGGAUCCAGCUCGCCGAGGUCCAGUGGUUCGACCGCGACCGGCCCCUCGACGACGCCAGGUUCCCCUACAUCACCAAGAUGUACAAGAUGGCGCUGUGGACCAGGACGCACUCCGACAUGGACAUCUUCGUGGCCGACCGGCUGGAGGACCUGGUGCGGGAGGCCGGAUUCGAGAACGUGCAGAGGGCCGAGUUCGAUGUCGGGUACGGUCCCCUGGCCAGGGAGGCCGCCUGGCGGGAGAAGUCGGUCGACCUGCAGGUCGACGCCUUCCGGGGCUUCGCGACCAAGCUGCCCAAGGAUGGCAGCGGCUUCCCCGGCGUCGCCCGGGACGCGGCCGAAUAUGCCCGCUUUCUGGACGGCUUGCGCGCCGAGAUGCUGGAGCACGGCUUCAAGCCAAAGCUCUUCGUGGUGAUAGGGCAGAAGCCGGAGUGAGGACAAGACAUGUGUGAAGCGGUGCAGUGUCUGUGAAUGCGUGGCCCUUUGUAUUCGAGGAACACAUCCUCCCAGAUUUUCCUGGUUGACCAGCAAGAUUCUGAUCUCCGGUAUCCCGGUAAACUUAAGCAUUCGAGGAGGAUGUCAAAAAGUGAUCAAGGCGAAACUCGUCGAUGUAAAGCACUAGGCAAAACUCAGGUCUCUUGUUGCAAGCGACACACUUUCCCAGGGCUCCGAACGAGCGAGCGAAUGCAGCCCACCACCGUAUGGGCUUCAUUGAAACAAGGGCCCUACAAAACCGGCCGUCGG